UUUUCAGAUAUUAAAGGGAGUACAAUGAACAAGUCUGGAAAAGUGUGCAUUUAUAAACUCUGCAAAAAAGAAACAUCCUCUCAAUUUCAUCUGCUUUUAUUUUCAGCAAACUUAACAUGUGUAAAUAUUUGUAUGAACAUAAAAAGAUUCAACAAUUAAGACAUAAACUGAACAAGUUUCACAGACAUGUGAAUGACUGAAAUGGAAUAAUGUGUCUCUGAACAAAGGGAGGGGGUAAUCAAAAGUAUCUGGUGUGGCUUCCAGCUGCAUUAAGUACUGCAGUGCAUCUCCUCCUCACGGACUGCACCAGAUUUGCCAGUUCUUGCUGUGAGAUGUUACCCCACUCUUCCACCAAGGCACUUGCAAGAUCCACGACAUUUCUGGGGGGGAACGGCCCUAGCCCCUCACCCUCCGAUCCAACAGGUCCCAGACCUUAGCAGGGGCAAAAGGACAUGGAGGGAAGGGGUGUUGCGCUGUAGUAAAGGCUCCUCCGCUUAAACGGGCACUUGCCCUUUAUUCCUUGUCGCACUUUGUCAAAACAAAGUCUCUGGCUGUGUCUCAUUUGGAACGCUGCAUGCUUGGUAGGUCGCGUCCUUUGAAGGCUGCAGUAUACCGAGCGUCCACCUUUAAACAAAUCUCAUUUAAAUGAGACGGCCUUCGUAGGACAAACGGAAACGGAAGGUAACAUGGUUGCUAUGACAGCACGCCACUCUUUAACAAGCGCGAGCGCUUUGAGUGAGAAGGGAACAAAGUCCCUCUGGAAGGGAAUGUAUGAGGUACAUUUUAGGAGAGAUAUAAUGAUGUAAAGAGAAAAGAAAAUAGAUUUUACAGGUGUACUUUUAGUCUAAUACUUUAUUUUAAUUAUAUAUUAAUAUAAUUAUACAUAUUAUAUACUCUGCACCUAUCUACUGAGGUACUUCAACUUGGGAAUUAACAUUCCUUGCGUUUGAACAUCAUAUUUACGGGCAAAUUGGCGUAAUUUGUUUUAUUAUUAUUAUUUUUUUUUAGACAUUUCAGUUGAAGCAAAAAUUGUGGGUUGUGAGUGCCCACGAAGGAUACACCUCAUGCAUCCUAUGAAUUCCCGUGGAAGAAGAUCGCAUUUGAAGUGUCCUACUCGCUUUUAUUAAACUAGACAGCCUCCAUGACGUAUGAGGACGUAUCCUUCCAGACGAGACACAGCCUCAGACUGUCACCCUGGAAUAAGCUCAUCCAGGAACUUGACCAUAUCUUGACCUUCCUUUCCCUCAGGGAUUCCAACGAAACGAACAUUAUUACGUCUGCUUCGAUUUUCCAUAUCCUCUAAUUUUUCCCACACCUGAUCCAUAUUGUUUUGGUGGCCGCUGGGUUCAUCUGCAGCUCUUUUCCGGCUGCUUCCAGAGACUCGAUUAGCUUUUCAGCCUCGUCAGAUCAGGGCAGAAAGUUUCGCCUCCAUAGAUGUGGUCGCUCAACGUAUUUCUGCGAGGCCCUCCAUGUCGGUCGAGAUUUUAAUUAGCGCUACAUAAAUGUUCACAAUAUCCUGAGGUGCGCUGUCAUUCCCAACCGGACCCCCGCCAUCUUGCGCUUGAGAUGCAUCAGACGUGUAUGCUUUUUAAUGUCCCAACAGGCGGACGAUUUUGAAUUCUUCGACAUCCUACCUCCCCGUGCAGUUUAACAAUCAAAACUAAAUCAGUUCUCACCGAGUAAUGUUGAUCGAGAGCAUAAGUGUAGCGGAGAACGGCACUGCGCUGCUUCCGCUGGCAUACCGUCACGUGACACAGUUUUCACUAGUUAAAAUGCUAAUUCUUGAUAGCCUAUCAGCAAUUGAAUUAAGUGAAAAUGCUCAUUAUCGAAAAUAGUACUAACAUGUGCACUAGUAAAACUAAAGUUAACUGCUGAUAUAAAAAAAAAAAUAACAUCAUUACUCAUGGGAAUACCCAUACUUAUCAAAAAUUGAGCUUUAAAUAGUAAAAGCGAUAUUUUUUAUAUCUGUAACUGCAUUUUCACUAGUAGAAUUUAACUAUGAUCUGUCAUUAACACCUCAAAACGCAAUUACAGAUAUCUUUAAUUUCUUUCUAUCUGUAAUUCCAAAUGCACAUAUCAGCUAUGUACUUCAUUUUAGGGAAAUGACGAUUUUUCAUAUCAAUAAUUACAUUGUUUCUAGUGCAAAUGUCCAUUCCUGAUAUCAAUAAUAAAAUUGUAACUAUAGAGAGAAAAAAAUUCUAUUUUUUUUUUUUUUAUUUAUUUUUUUUUAUAUCUGUAAUUUGGUUUUCAUUAAUGGCUAUGCUAAUUUCAGAUAUCUGGAAAUGGAUUUCAGAUAUUAAUAAACUGAAGAAUGAUUAAAGCUAUCUUUAAAAAGGCUUUCUUAUUAGUUGCAUUAACAUUAUAAUUAUGCGAAAUUAACAUUACCACAACAAAGCUAAAUGUGUCAUUUAUUGCAGGACUAAUGUGUUUUUAUUUUUAUUUUUUACAUUUGUUAUGAGUUUAUUCAAAUUAAAAGGUGUUAUAAAAUUAAUUGUGUAUUGAACUUAUGAUACACAAGAGCGAGAUAUCGAUAAGAGAGAUAUCGGUACUGAUAUAUCUGCGAUUUUGUCCUUAGUAGUACUUGGUCGAAAAGACAAUAAGUGAUAUCGCCCAUCCCAACAGAAGACUGCAGCCAUUAACGGUCCUUUUGUCGACUGUGAGGUUGUUACACUGUGAUGGCGCUAGAUGGCGAUAUGUAUGUCUGACACAGAGAGGCGCUCUAAUCAACUUCGUCGAGCGAGACAGUACGGAAGAACAAGAGGUAUAUGGAAGCAAGAGUAUUAAAAGCAAGUUAUUAAACUAAUUUUCAAAAAUAAAUUAGGUGCUCUGAAAACCAUAUGAACAGAGGACAUUGAGUCUGCCGUUGAUUAAGAUGUCAGUAUGGGUGGCACUGCUAGCUAUGGCACCAGUGGAGCAAGGUGUGGACUGCCUGCAGUUUUGCUUUGCCUGGCAGCUCUUCUCUUUGCCAACGUGCUGCUGUAUAUCUAUCUAGAUGCCCUGUACCAGGAUACUAAUCCUCUCUUGGCACACAUGCAGUGCCCACCUCGCCACUUUAAAGUGGGCACUAUGACCACAUGUACCCCUUGGCUGCAGUGUCCAGAAAUUCGUGCUGAAGUCCACCGUGUAAAACUCAUUGGACAAGGGGCUGUAAAGAGGGUUUAUCUGUCAGAGUGGCGAGGGCAGAAGGUAGCUCUGUCAGUUUUGUCUUCUGAGCAGUAUAAAGAAGAUUUUCUCCAUGGAGUGUCAAUGCUACGUUCCUUGCAGAGCACCCACGUUGUAUCACUCAUUGGGGCAUGUGAGGAGGAAGGUGUGUUUGUUACAGAGUACCAUCCUCUUGGAUCAGCUCUGACUCUUGAUGCCACCCUUGCCCAAGACAGAUAUCGCUGGCGAAACUCAUGGCAUACUCGGCUGCAGCUGGCAAUAGACUACGUUGCCUUCAUGGCAUACCUGCACAGCAGCCCGGCGGGUAUCCGUGUGAUGUGUGACUCUAAUGACCUUCACAAAACUCUUAGCCAGUUUCUUCUGGCAUCUGACAUGCAUCUGUUGGCCAACGACCUGGAUGCACUGCCUGAGGUGGAGAGGGGACAUCGAGGGGUGAAGUGUGGCCACCAUGAGCUAACUGGAGACUUUGUUGCUCCUGAGCAGUUAUGGCCUCAUGGUGAGGAUGUUCCUUUCUCAGAUGAGCUCAUGCCUGACUACGAUGAAAAGACAGACAUCUGGAAGAUUCCAGAUGUGACACGUUUCUUAUUGGGGAAUGUCCUAGGAAGUGAUGUCAUCCAUUUCCACUUGUUUCAGAUCUAUACAGAGUGCAAAAGGAAGGAUCCUCAUUUGCGGCCCUCGGCACUUGAGGUCCUCAAUGUUUAUCGCUCUGUCUAUGACAGUAUGAUAGAGAGCCAAUCACAGAGAGUUAGAGAAAUGUUGUAAAGAAUUAAUGGCCUCUUAUGAUCGUGAGGUUUGAGAGAGUAUUUAUAAAAGUGGUUCUCAUUUCAUAUAAAUUAGGUUUUGUCAUUCCUUGUCACUGAGAAGAAUAGAAUCUGUAGUCUAUAUUCUGUUGAUGAGAACAGCAUCUAACAGAGGAUGGGUUGCAGCAUCUCAGGGUUUCAGAUAUGAAGUCAGCUCCAAAUUCAUUCUUAAAGGUAUAGUUCAUCCCAAAAUGAAGAUUCUCUCAUAAUUUACUCACCUUCAUGCCAUCCCAGAUGUGAAUGAUUUUCUUUCUUCUGCAGAACACAGAUUAAGAUUUUUAGAGCACAUAGGAGGGCUGGUGAAAGUGGACAUUUAUAGUAAAAAAGGACUUAAAUAUUGAUCUCUCAUCCUAUCAUAUCGCUUCUGAAGAUAUGAAUUAAACCACUGGAGUUGUAUGGAUUACUUCGAUGCUGCCUUUAUAAGCUUUUUGGAGCUUCAAAGUUUUGGUCCCUGUUCACUUGCAUUGUAUGGACCUACAGAGCUAACAUAUUCUUUUAAAAAUCGACCAUUGUGUUGUGCAGAAGAAAGUCAUCCACAUCUGGAAUGGCAUGAGGGUGAGUAAAUGAGAGCAUUUUCAUUUUUUGGGUGAAGCAUCCCUUUAAACUAAGAAGGUUUGUAGCAAUACCUCAUAAAAGUUAUUUUCACCUGAGUGAAUAGAACCUGAGUUACUGAUGCAAUGCUUAAAUCUGUUUAUUUUAAUUUUAGGAGGAUUACACUUUAUACUGAACCUGAUUUGGCAAUUUGAUUGUUCACUUUCAACAUCUGGGAGCAUUUAAUAAAAAGAUAAUUCUCAAGA